CACUCUCUCUCCUCUCUCCAGUUCCCUUUCUUUCGAUUCAUUCUUUCUUUAGGUUUUGAGAAGCAGAAAAGACCUAAACCCUCUCCGGCACUCAUUUGCACGACAGCUUCAAAGUCCGAACCUCACUCCUCAGCCCUCUCAGCCUCUCAGUUAUAGUGAUAAAAAAGCAAAGAAAAUGCCAUUGGGACUAAUAUUAGGGUUAGGAAGGGCAUUUCGUCGAAAGCGAACAUCAUCACUUGACAUUCUUUCUUCCAAACGUGCCCCAAGGGAUUACUACAAGGGGAAGAAUUGCAAGCCGACUGGUUUCCACACCCGAAAAGCUAAGUAUGUCGUGCAGCAGGAGAAAUUACCUAACUAUGUAGUCCCUGAUUUAACUGACUUCAAGCUCAAACCAUAUGUAACUCAGUGCCCCAGAGAGGUCAAGAAUACUCAGUCUGCUGAACCAACUAAAUGAGCAAACCGAGCGACUAGUGUUCAACUUUUUUGUUUAUUGUUGUAAUUGCGAAUUAAGUCAUUCAUGUCGAUAUUAUUUUGAGUAGGGUUUGAUGUGAGACCGAGGAGGUCAUGUUCGUGUUUGGCAGGUUCAUUCCCUGGACAUGUUCAAGUAAUAAACCUUUCUUCUUCAGUUAA